UCUUAUGUUGUCAUCGUCAUACCACCCUUCCUUCUGCGUUUACAGUUUUACCUUUUUGCAGUCUCCCACCUAUUUACUACUACUACAACACAUCCCCUCUCACUCCAUUCCUUACAACAACAACAACAACAAGCUGUUUACCUCAGAUCUGUUGGGCUUUUAAUCAGAACGAGGAUAUGAGUCGAUUGAUGUAAAACUUACCUCGAAACGGUGCUCCAAACGGCUUGAUUUUUGUUAACCGGAAGUUUAAACACCAGAAUUGAAGUACUGUUUUCAUUGUUUGGAGCACUGUUUCGAGCAUUUUUGUGCAGUGCUGUUAUAUGAAGAAUAUGUUAAUUAUAUUUGGACUAUAAGAAGAGAUGAAAAGGGUUCAUGAUUCACAAAAGCUUCCUGUUUUGGGGAAUAUGCCUAACAUUAUUAAGUUAUCGAGUUCGCAUUUCGGUUUAGUAAACGAAGACAUGAAUCAUUUAAAUCCACAAAAUGUGCGAAAAUGGAAAGGGAAAACUUCGUUAGGGGACGACGAGGAACUAAUGCCGGAUGUCAUCACGUUAAACGAAAACGAUGAUUCGUAUGACGAUAUCGGUUCCACUUCUUUCUCAGGGGCUAGCCACCCCCCUGAGCCUGUUGACAUGGAUCUAAUGAGGCCUGUUUGUGUACCAAUCGGUCGGACAAACUCCAUUACCGGUCCGUUUAUAGAAGAUCUUUCCGUUCGUGUUUCGGGAGUUAAACAAAGCGUAUCACAGAACACCGAAAGCUCUCCCGUGUGUCGAGAUUCUGACGAAAAAGAGUGCGUUUGGGAUGCUUCGUUACCUCCAAGCGGUAAUGUGAGUCCGCAUAGUAGCAUUGAUAGUACAGGUGUUGUUACAUCAAUGAGCACAGGCACAAGCACGUACCGUAUGAGUGAUGGAACACUUAGCGUUGACCGUAGUUACGGUAUUACAAAAAUACCCCUUCGAGGGGAAUCUCUUGAAAGUGGUAAAACGAGUAUUAGUCGGGCUAGUGAUAGUAGCGGUCUUAGCGACGAGAGUAACUGGAGUAGCUUCACCGGGGGCACCAACAAACCGCACAAGGGGAAUGAUCCUCGGUGGAAGGCUAUUCUCGCAAUUAGGUCACGAGACGGGCUUUUGGGUAUGAGUCAUUUUCGGUUACUUAGACUACUCGGGUGUGGUGACAUCGGUAGUGUGUAUCAGUCGGAGUUGAGCGGGACCCGAUGCAAUUUUGCAAUGAAAGUGAUGGAUAAGGCUUCGCUUGCUAGUAGGAAUAAGUUGUCGAGGGCUCAGACGGAACGGGAUAUAUUACAACUGCUUGAUCACCCGUUCUUGCCGACUUUAUACACUCAUUUUGAAACCGAUAGGUUCUCGUGUUUGGUCAUGGAAUAUUGUCCGGGUGGCGAUUUGCAUACUUUGAGACAACGCCAACCUGGCAAACAUUUUUCGGAAUACGCAGCAAGGUUUUACGCAGCGGAGGUUUUAUUAGCACUCGAGUAUCUCCACAUGCUUGGAGUCGUAUACAGAGAUUUGAAACCCGAAAACGUUUUGGUACGUGAUGAUGGUCACAUAAUGUUGUCUGACUUUGACCUUUCGUUAAGAUGCGCAGUGUCGCCCACUUUAGUUAAGUCAUCGACAUUAGAUUCCGAGCCAACCAAACGAGGCCCGAACAGCGCAUUUUGUGUGCAGCCCGCUUGUAUGGAGCCCACAUCGGUCUGUAUCCAACCCGCUUGUUUCCUCCCACGUUUCUUCCCGCAAAAAAGCAAGAAAAAAAGAAGCCCGAAACCCCGGGCUGACCCGACCCCUUUAUUCGGUCAACUCCCGGAACUCAUUGCCGAGCCGACCGCAGCCCGGUCAAUGUCGUUCGUUGGUACUCACGAAUACUUAGCUCCCGAAAUCAUCAAAGGAGAGGGACACGGAAGUGCCGUUGAUUGGUGGACGUUCGGGGUAUUCUUGCAUGAGUUGUUAUACGGUCGAACCCCGUUUAAGGGUGCGGGCAACCGAGCCACUUUGUUCAACGUGGUUGGUCAACAGCUACGGUUCCCUGACUCACCGGCUACUAGCUACGCGAGCCGGGAUCUGAUCCGUGGGUUGCUUGUGAAGGAGCCACAGCAUCGGCUCGGUGUUAAAAGGGGAGCUACGGAGAUCAAACAACACCCGUUUUUCGAAGGUGUGAAUUGGGCUCUGAUACGAUGUAGUACGCCUCCAGAAGUGCCCAGACCAGUGGAAGCUGAGCUGCCCGGGAAGUUUGGGCCAGCGGGCCCAGUAGCGACGGGUAACAACGGUAAACGAAUGGUGGGACCUGGUUCGAAGCCUGGAGGUAAAUAUCUUGAUUUCGAGUUCUUUUAGCUUAUUACCUGUAAUCUUUAUUAUUAUUAGUAUAAUUGUUUGGUAUGUUGUAAUCCUAGACUCUAUUCAAUCUCUAUGUGCAUUGUUGUGUUAUGACCAAGAAGGAAAACACUUUAAAGUUGAAA